UGCUGGCUCUGAGCUCUGAGCUGAGCUCUUCCGCUCCUGUUUCCUGUGUUUGUAAACUGAGCGCUAGGCUAGCCGAUGUGAACGCGCCGAUAAAAGAGCCGAAUCUGCCUGGGGCGAGGACUCGAAGGACGAAAACAAGUGCCAGAUGAUAGGAAUAGGCGUGACCUAUUGUCUAGCGUGCCAUCCUGAGUGACAUCUCUUCUGGCCACCUUGUCCCCGCCCCUUUCCCCACCCUCUCUCAUCCGGUCUCGGCGGUGAUGUCACACAUACCAAGCAGCUCGGUCCGUGACCAUAUGAAAUGGGCGGGGCUGCUCGGUUGUGAAGCCGUACUUUCCAGCAUGGCCCUGAUGCAAGCCAGCUCCAUGGCUGCCCCCAAGAAAAUGAUGUCGCCACUGGGUCCGGCUCCAGGCCACGCUUCGGGUCAGAGGGAUGUACAGGACCGCGGGGCGCAGGGACACAUGGUCUUACCGACGGGGAUGAGCUGUCCUCCACUGCUUCUCCGGAAAGAGGGCGAUUUCCAUGCUCCCCGACUGCUGGAUGAGAAGGAAAUGAGACCCAACGAGGACAUGCAGCUGAAGAAAAAGAACAGGAAGUCGGGAACGCCCUGUAAAGUCAGGGAGCAGGAGGGGAAAGGAGGGAAGGCUGUUGUGGUGGAUGAGAAUGGGAAUUGUCCACUUUCCAAAGUGCAGAAGAACUUCAUCUGUGAUCACUGCUAUGGGGCCUUCAGAAGUGGCUAUCAUCUGAAACGACAUAUUCUCAUUCAUACUGGGGAAAAGCCAUUUGCUUGUGCCAUAUGUGACAUGAGAUUUAUUCAGCGUUAUCACUUGGAACGACACAGCCUUACUCAUACUGGGGUGAAGCCAUAUGCUUGCUCGAUGUGUGACAUGCGGUUUUUCCAACGUUACCACUUGGAGAGACACAGCCUCACUCACACUGGGGUGAAACCGUAUGCUUGCACCAUGUGCGACAUGCGCUUUUUCCAACGUUACCACCUUCAGAGACACAGCCUCAUUCAUACGGGGGUGAAGCCCUACGCUUGCUCCAUGUGUGACAGGCGUUUUUUCCAACGCUACCACCUGCAGAGACACAGCCUCACUCAUACGGGGGUGAAGCCGUAUGCUUGUUCCAUGUGUGACAUGAAGUUUUUUCAGCGUUACCACCUGCAAAGACACAGCCUAACCCAUACGGGGGUGAAGCCAUAUGCUUGCUCCAUGUGCCAUAUGAGGUUUUUUCAACGUUGUCACCUUCAGCGGCACAGUCUCACCCACACGGGGGUGAAGCCAUUUGCUUGUACCAUGUGUGAUAUGAGGUUUUUCCAACGCUACCACCUCCAGAGACACAGCAUCACCCAUACGGGAGUGAAGCCUUACGCUUGUUCCAUGUGUGACAUGCGUUUUUUCCACCGUUACCAUCUGCAGAGACACAGCCUCACUCACACUGGGGUGAAGCCCUACGCUUGUAACAUGUGCGACAUGCGUUUUUUUCAACGCUACCACCUACAAAGACACAGCCUCACCCAUACGGGGGUGAAGCCAUAUGCUUGCUCGAUGUGCGACAUGAGAUUUUUUCAGCGUUACCACCUGCAGAGACACAGCCUCACUCAUACGGGGGUGAAGCCGUAUGCUUGCUCGAUGUGUGACAUGCGGUUUUUCCAACGUUACCACUUGGAAAGACACAGCCUCACUCACACUGGCGAGAAGCCGUUCGCAUGUGACAUGUGUGACAUGCGCUUCAUCCAGAGGUAUCACCUGGAGAGGCACAAACGCGUACACAGCGGAGAGAAGCCUUAUCAGUGCGAGCGCUGCCAGCAGAACUUCUCGAGGACAGAUCGGCUGUUGAGGCAUCGGCGGCUGUGCCAGGGAAGGGGCGUGGCUAAAGUUGAGGCUCAGCCCUGCUGUGAGCCCCGCCCCUACCCCCAGGAGCCCCCUCCAGCACCCCCGGCCACCUGGAGCCCCCUGCAUCCGCCCCCGGGCCGACUGGCAGUGUGACAUUCCAAUCUAAACCUCUGAGAUAAACCCCUAAAACAAAAACAAAACGCGAACACCCCCGCCUCUCUCACUGCCGCCUCGCACAGUGGCGCCACCCACUGGCCCAGACUGAUAUUACAGAAGGAUGAGUCAGAGAUGAAUCUCUACCUUCUCUACCUUCUGUUACAUUAUUAUUUGGAGAGAGUGUUCGUUUUGGGGUUGUUUUAUACUUUAAAAUGAAUUAUUUCACUUUUUUUUUUCUUUUUUUUUGUCUUCUUUUUUUUUUGUAAAGAUAUUUUGACCGUUUUUGGUGGUACGUGAAAGAAGGGAACAAGAAAACGGGGUCAGGAGACUCAAUCGAAUCAGGGAAGAAUGCCUGAACUACAGCAUUUCGCAAAGAAACAGUUUGGUCUGCUCACCAGAAUGGGAAGAUAUGAGGGAUUGUGCGAUGGUGCAGAACGAAGAAGGAAUACAGACUUAAACGGCUGCCAUUUACACAUUUACGUUCAUUCUGCUGGACCUAAAGCGAAAACAAGAACAUCUUAUGUGACGUAUACUGUAAUACGCCACCAUUUCGUCUCCAGUACCUGAGCAUGCUGAAGACUCAGGAAAUGUCCUGCGAGAUCUGUCCACAGUACUUGUGAAAAAUGGCACAAUAUAGUUCCAUAACAUUACUCACUUCUUCAUACAUUAAACAACUUUUAAACUCCGCUUAUAACUGUUCAAUAUUCUGACCUAAGGAUGCAUUUCAAGGAUGUAAAUGUAACUCUGUUAACUGGUUUGUAGUGUAACAUUUAUCUAACGUGGUGGAAAUGGCACAAGUGAUGAUAUGCGGUGCAGGGACGCACACCUGUCCAUCUCCAGCAGCUCACAAUAUUCACAUUACUACUACAUAACGUGUUGCUGUCAGUGACGAUGUAUCUACUUAGCAAGUGACGCAAAGACGGAAGCUCCAAAAAGACGCUCAACACCACAUACGUAUUUAUACGUUUAAAGACUUUGUGGCCUUAGGAUGUGAUCAUUUGUUCAUUUUGAACUUUGUUUUGAAAUGCGGUCACUGCCUAAACGUUUUUCUUCCCUUAAAGCUGUCAGUGUAACUUUACCUGCCUUCUCUACAAGUACUGCUGUGCUGAAUUUUCCCUCCGUCAGUAGUUUUUUGAUGAUAACUAUAAAUGUCACUGAUUAGUUUGACCAGUAUCAAGCAAAUUUCCAGUAUGGUACAGUGUUGUAUUAUCUCAUUCUUCACAGGCCCUGUACUUUCUUUUACGUAUACCCAGAGGUUACGUUCCUCCCAGAGGUCUUUAGAUGUGGACCUUGAAUCCAGUUUCUGAUCCUGGAUGUUGUACGUUCUGGUAGGUGGCCAAUCAGUUACAUCAACAGUUUAGUGAAUUACCACAGUUUACAAGAUAAAGGACCAGAAACUUGAUUCAAGGUCUGGAUUUGAAGAUCUCUGAUAGCUUGUUCAAAGGAAAAGGGUUUUCUUAAGUGGAACGAACCAAUGACAAAGACCCUUAGAUAGUUGUACCAAAUGGUUUAUGGUCUGUAACUGUUUCUUAAUCCUGUUAACCUCAAACUUCAUCAGUUUCUGUGCUUCUUUUAUGUACUUGUUGGUACUGAUUACCAUACCGAUCUGUCCGUCAAGCAAGCCCCUCCCACAUAUGAUAAUCUGGCAGAUAGGAUGUAACAGGGGUAGACGCCAACUGCCCAGAACACACAAACGUUGCCACGUUUCUAUGAAUUUUUUUUUUUUCUUUUGUGUGUAUGUAUGCUUAUAUAUCAAAAAACAAAAUGGACUACAUCUUCUCUUAGUUCUGUAGCAACAUGCUGUGUGUAUUUUUAAUAACUUUUUUUUAUUUCUAAUAUAAAUUUAAAACACUGGAGCGAAAAAGUGAAAAAAAACUAUAGACUUUUUUGUUUUUAUAUAAGAGAAAAUAGUUUGUAGUCUUUAGACAAAGCCUCUCUUCAAAACGGCAGUCUGAACAGAUUGGAAUGAUAUUUCGUCACGGUCCCUCCAGAAUGUUUGGGUUCUAAGCAAAUAUGAGGGGAAAAAAAAAAAAGUUAUUUGAAUUGGUAACAAAGUCAUAGAGAACCUUUCCCACCACACUAUUUUAGUGAAUUAUAUGGUUAGAAAUACUAGGGGAAAAUAAAACUGCAU